AUGGCAGACAUUACUUUUGACAUUCCUUAUUUAUCCACCCAAUUUUCUUUGUCCGAAACCACUCUUUCAUCACUUACUGAGGCCCCGACGGUUGACCUCGUCAACCAGCUUCUUCAAUCCAUCACCGCCAAGGCACACGGAUACGAUGAACUGAAGUCGGACAAACUCCGCUUAGAGGUCGAGCUCGAGAAUGCUGUGCGCAGCAACGAGUCGAAGAUCAAGGUGCUGAAAGGCACGGUGGAAAAGGGCCAUACCGAAGUUGAAGAACUGAGGAAAAAGCUUCAUGAAUCUGAAUCCACGCGUGGUACAUUGGAGGCCGAAAUUUCGACUCUCAAAUCCUCCUCCACAUCCAACGAAGGCGAAGUCAGCUCCCUGAAAUCGCGCAUCACAUCCCUAGAAGAAUCGAACCGAGACACCCUUCGCUUGCUAGAGUCCAAGACCGCUGCCCACGAUAAACUCGCAGAGGAACUGUCCGCCCAGCACAAGAAAACAAUUGAAUUACGACGUGAACUCUCGACCAUUGAGCAAAACCUCCAGAAUGCCAGUUCUGCAUCCGCCAGUGCACGAUUCCGCGAACAGAGCAUUCAACAAGAGUUGGACCUGACCAAGAAGAACAAUGAAUGGUUUGAGACCGAAUUGAAAACCAAGAAUGCUGAACACAUCAAGUUCCGCAAAGAAAAGAAUGCUCGCAUUUCUGAACUUCAACGCGAAAAUGAGGAGGCAAACUCUACAAUUGACGCCUUGAGACGCAGCGAAAACUCCCUCAAGAGCCGUCUGGAUGAGACUGAGCAACGGUACGAGGAGUCUCUGUCUAACAUCCAGCAGUUGAAGGAGGAAGCCAUACAAGCUGCGGAGUCUUUCCGUAACGAGCUAGACAGUGCCAAUCGUCUCGCUGAGCUCCAAGGCUCUGCUGCACAGAACGCCAAGCAACGGGCCCAUGAGUGUCAGUUGUCAUUGGAGAAAGCUACUGCUGAUGCAGCAGAGGAAAUUUCCCGCCUGCGGGUGGAGGCCGAAGCUGAACACAAUGAUAAGACGGCUGCCGAGCGCCGUGUGGCUGAGCUUGAAAUUGCAAUCUCCACCCUCGAGUCUGAAGGAGCACGAAACCGCUCUAUGAGCCCUGCUCGAUCUAUCAACGGCAUGGGUCCUACUACACCCGUCAGAGCAGGAACGCCUGGAAGUACAUUUACCCCGAGAACUGGCCGAACUAAGAACGGUCUUUCGGUUACUCAGAUGUAUACAGAGUAUGACAAGAUGAGAUCUCUCCUUGCCACGGAGCAACGGAACAGUCAGGAGUUGCGAUCAGCUCUUGAUGAAAUGGUGCAAGAACUUGAGUCGAGCAAGCCAGAGAUCGACGAACUUCGUGCAGACCACAGCCGCCUCGAGAACGCUAUGAUUGAGAUGUCUAACCUCUUGGAAUCAUCGGGCAAAGAACGUGAUGAGGCCACCAAGGAAGCUAGAAAGUGGCAGGGUCAAGUUGAAGGCCUCGUCCGCGAAGGCGAUAUCCUGCGCCAGCAGCUUCGAGACUUGAGUGCCCAAGUCAAGAGUCUUGUUCUUGAAGUGGCGCUGACCAAGAAGGGCGAAGACUACGACCGUGACGAGCUCGAAAAGAUUGCUCGUGGAGAAAUUGAAGAGUCUUCGGCUGAGCUCAACUCAACCGGUCGCUUCAUCAGCCAACAUUUAACCACCUUCAAAGAUCUGAGUGACAUGCAAGAGCAGAAUGUGACUCUGCGCCGUAUGCUCCGAGAGCUUGGUGACAAGAUGGAGGGUGAGGAAGCCCAGGCCAGGAGUGCAACAAGACAACAGGAAGUCGAGGAGCUUAAGGAACUGCGAACUCGCAACCAGACUUACCGAGACGAAGUGGCCAACCUUCUCGCCCAAUCCAAGAGCUAUGUCAAGGAGCGUGACACAUUCCGCAGUAUGUUGAUGCACCGAAAGCAGACGAUUGGUGAUACAUCCGUGUUCUCGCAGUCUAUGCCGCUCGGUGCUGUACCCCCGGGUGUGACCGAAACCCAGCCUAGCGACUCAACAGAUUACGCCGACCUGCUUCGCAAGGUGCAAGCCCACUUCGAUACUUUCCGCGAAGAAACCACGACCGAUCAUAAAGCCCUCCGGCAGCAGGUCAAUGAACUAUCGCGAAAGAACAGUGAGCUUCUGAGCGAAAUCAGUCGAUCUAGCAGUCAACUUGCUGCGUCUUCUCAGCGUACUGAGCUGCUUCAGAGCAACUUCAAUAUGCUAAAGAGCGAAAACACUGACCUCCACAAGAGGUACGCUACUCUGUUGGAAAAUGCAAAUCGUCAAGACCUCCGCACGCAGCAAGCUGCCGAGGACUUGGUUGAAGCCAAAGGACUAUUGGAAAGCCUCCAAAGGGAAAACGCCAAUCUCAAGGCUGAGAAGGAUCUUUGGAAAAAUAUUGAAAAGCGAUUGGUUGAGGACGCAGAGAAUAUGCGAAAUGAGCGCAGUCGACUUGACUCUAUGAAUGCCAGCCUCCAGACAAUGAUGAACGAGCGUGAGCAUGCAGACAGUGAGACCCGCCGCAGGCUCCAGACCAGUGUGGAAAGCUUGGAAUCCGAACUACAAACGACCAAGCGAAAGUUGAAUGAUGAGAUGGAAGAGUCGAAGAAGGCUGCCAUGCGUCGUGAAUAUGAGCAUGAGCAAAGCCAGAAACGUAUUGAUGACCUUGUGACCAGUCUUGGCUCAAUCAGAGAGGAGCAAGUUGCGAUCAAGACUACCCGUGAUCAUUUGCAGUCCCGUGUCGACGAGCUCACUGUUGAGCUCAAGAGCGCGGAGGAACGCAUUCAGGUCAUCCAGUCACGCCCGAGCAUCUCUGCCGCAUCCGCUGAUGCUCCUGAUGCUGCCCAGGAAGUAGGGGAAGAUGCCAUUGGUCUGACCCGGGAGCAAGAACUCGCCAUCGAGGUCUCGGAGCUGAAGCGCGACCUCGACCUUGCCAAGGCUGAGCUGGCCCACGCCAAAGAACAAGCUGAGGAGUAUAUGAACAUCAGCCAAUCAACCGAGGAACGUAUGGAAGCAGAGGCCGAGACCAAUGCUAUGUACCGCGAGGAAACCGAUCGUCUUAUUGAAGAGAAGGAUAAGAAGAUUCAAGAUUUGGAGACUCGAAUCGAAGAGAUUUCUUCUGAGCUUUCUACCACCAACACAGAAAUAUCGAAGCUACGUGACGAGCAAGGUGAUGCUACACGCCAUCUCGAGGAACAAAAAGCUAUCUUGGAAUCGGAAAUCACUCGUCUCAAGGACGACAAUGAACGACAGCUCGCUACCGCGCAGUUCCACCAGGAGGAUCUUAAAGCACAGGCUGAAAUCGCUCAACACGCCCAGCAAAAUUAUGAGACCGAACUGGUCAAGCACGCCGAAGCCGCAAAGAACGUCCAGAUCAUUCGCGCCGAGGCCAAUCAGUUGAAACUCGAUUUGGUUGAAUCCCGGACUCAGUCUGAAACUUACAAGAAAGACCUGAGCCAAAAGGAGGACAGUUGGUCUGAGCAAAAAGCUCGCUACGAGAACGAGCUGACCGAGUUGCAUAAACGCCGCGAAGAAGUGCUUCACCAAAACUCUGUUUUGCAUACUCAGCUAGAGAACAUCACCACUCAGAUCGGCGCUCUCCAGCGAGACCGUGCCAAUGUACCUGAGGAUGAUGAGAAUGAUGAUGGCCAGUCAGCUCCAAACCUGGAAGGCCUUCAGGAGGUCAUCAAAUUCUUGCGUCGGGAGAAGGAGAUCGUUGAGGUUCAGUUCCAUCUGUCAACUCAAGAGGGGAAGAGACUUCGUCAACAACUCGACUACACCCAGUCUCAACUUGAUGAGACUCGACUCAAGCUGGACCAACAGCGACGCGCUGCAGCCGACUCUGAGCACAAUGCUCUCAACCACAACAAGCUUAUGGAGACACUUACUGAGCUCAAUCUUUUCCGCGAAAGCAGUGUUACUCUUCGCAACCAAGUGAAGCAGACCGAAGCAGCUCUCACGGAGAAAACUACUCAACUGGAUGAGCUUCGUCAAAAGAUCCAGCCUUUGGAAUUGAGAAUCAAUGAACUGGAGGGAAAUCUGGAAGCGAAGGAUGGUGAGAUGCAGUUGUUGCAGAAGGACCGUGAUCACUACCAGCAGCGCAUUCAAAACAUUCUCCAGAAGUACGACCGAGUUGAUCCGGCCGAAAUGGAGGCCCUCAAAGAGAAACUUACUUCCCUUGAGAAAGAACGGGACGAGGCGGUAUUGGCGCGAGAUGAUUUGCAAGCCCAGAAAGCAACAUUCGACGAGCAGCUCCAGAGUAUCGAGACAGAAACUGCGAACCGUCUACAAGAGCAACGCAGCAGACUUGGUGAACAAUUCAAGGCUCGGUCAAAGGAGCUCACUGGACGUAUCAGUACCAAGCAAGCGGAACUGAACGCCGUUCUGCAAGAGAAGGAAGUUAUCAAGGAUGAACUGAGCAAGACACAGACCGAAUUAGAAAGUGUGAAGAUUAGCCUCGCCAACGCCUCUACUGCGACCGCUCCUGUACCAGCUUCCACCAACGAAGCUGCGCCAGACGCUGCUACAACAGUCAACCCAACACCUGCCUCCCAAUUCCCCACACCAACUACAGCCGUUGCUGUGCCUGGGGAUGAGCAAAAGGUCAAGGAGCUGGAGGCAAAGAUUCAACGUUUGGAAGCUGCUUUGGCUGAGAAAGAUCGUCUUCUUGCAGCCAAGGAUGCUGAACUUGAGGCCAAAAUCAAGGAACGCACCGAAAAAUCCAAAGAGGCUUACACUGCCCAGCUCGCAGAACUCCGUGCUGCCCACGCGCAAGAACUCCAAAAAUCGUCUUCGAAUGGAGAGCAACCAACUUCUGCUACGCCUGGAAAUGCUACAGAGGUGCCUUCGACACCUUCCAAGGUCGCUGCUGCCGCUGGCCUUCCAGAGCUCACGGACGCCCAAGCCCGAGAGCUUGUUGCAAAGAAUCAAACCAUCCGUCUUAUUGUUAGGAACAACAUCAUGGCCGGUGUUGCCAAGGAGAAGGAGAAGGAAGCCUUGAAGAUGCAGACUCAAGACCAGGCAACGCCUGCUGUCAAUGAAGAGGCGCUGGCGGCGGUGGAAAGUAGAUUCAACGAGGAAAGAGACGCUUUGAAGAAGAGCCAUGAAUCGGAGCUUGGAGAGAAGGUGAAAUCAGCCGUUGAGCUGAAUGACAAGAAAUAUGCCGCCCGCUUGAGUAUGAACGAAACUCGAUUCAAGUCGGCCCAGGCCAAGAUUGAUGUCGUUCAAAAAGCGGCGCAAGAGACACCUCAAAAACCCGUCAUCGAAGUUUGGGAGGUAGCCAAAACAGCCAAGCCUGCGCCAGUUGCGAAGCCGUUAGCAGUCUCGUCUCCCGCUCUGCCUUCUUCCCCUGCACCGUCUGUUGUGGCUCAGGUGACAGCGCCUACUCCAUCCCCAGCUGCAACCCCUGUGACAACCCCCGCGCAAGCUGCGGUGACCAAUAACCAAACGGUUACUACUGAACAACCAGUCACCCAACAACAGCCACAAGAGGGUGAAACCCAGAAUACCCAAGUUUCCAAUCCUUUUGGUCAAUCGCAAUCGAAUGACCAAUCUAAGCAACCUGCUUCUCUACCUACCAAGCCCCCGGCUAAUGCUCCACCGGGGAUGCUUAGGGCUUUGCAGCAGUCGGGCUUACCAGUUGUGCGAGGCGGUGGUGGGCGCGGUGGGCGCGGCGGUGGCCAGCAACCAGCUUUCGGUCAUGGCCAGCAGCAAGGUGACCAGCAGCAACAAGGCCAGGUUCAAGGCCAGGGUCAGCGUGGUACUGGCCUCCCACGAGGCCGAGGUGGCCGAGGCGGACAAGGCCGUGGCGGUGGACAGAACGCUCCUCAACAAGCUCAAAAUCAAAAUCAAAAUCACGGGCAGGGAGCUCCUGCGACUCGGGGGUCACUAAACAUCCAAGCUCGUCAAUUUAUUCCCCAGGGAAAUAAGCGGAACCGAGAAGAUGGGGCCGAUGCCUCUAAUGAGGGUGCUAGUGGUGGUAAACGCAUGCGAGGCGGUGGUGGCCAGCCUCGUGGUGGCUCAUCUUAG